AUGGAGCGUCGCAUCACUCGUUCUGCGGCUCUAGCUGCGACGGCUGCGCUAGUCACCGAGAGUAAUAGCCCGGCUAUCAAACAUGAACCAGAUCAGCCAAAGGUUGCCAAGAAAUCUAAGAAGAAGGGCUCUCAAACCACUACUCUCAAUCCUUCCAAGCCUGCGACAGUCUCCGAGCCUGCUUCUGUUGUCGAUGCCAAUUCUCUCGUCAGUCCGACUGCGCCAAUCAAAGAAGAGAAGCCAGUUCUGUUCAAUGAGCUUCCGCAUAAUCUGGGAUCCAUACCGAGCACUUCGGUGGCAGGAAAAAAUACCACUCAAUCGCCUGUUGGGUCAGACAAGGAAAACCAAUCUUUGCACACUAAGGCAACUGGAUUGGCUGCCGAUCUCCAGCAUACUGUGGACAAGACUGUUACCAAGACUGAAGAUACCCCAGUAACACAGAUCCCGUCGGGUCGAAAGCCAAAGAAGAACACUUAUGGCUUGACGCCCGGCGUCUCUCCUUUCCCUGAGUUGGCUCGGCCUACCCCCGAGGAGUGUGAAGAGGUCAAUCGGCUGCUAUCGAGUGUUCACGGCGAAGUCACCGCACCCGCAACUAUCCCAGAGCCUUCUCUGACGGUCACUGGCUGUGGAGAGGUCCCAUCAGUUCUAGAUGCCCUGAUCCGCACCCUCCUUAGUGGUGCUACCACAGGCAAAAAUUCCGCCAUGGCUUUCAACGGGCUGGUCAAUCGAUUUGGUAUUCUCUCCGAUGGCAUUGGCAAAGGGAGUGUCAACUGGGAAGCUGUUCGACAGGCCACUGUCAAAGAUGUGUUUGAAGCAAUCAAGCGUGGCGGUCUAGCAGACAUCAAAAGCAAGAACUUGAAGGCGAUUCUAGACAUAGUCCACGAGGACAAUCAAAAGCGACGCAAUGUCCUCUUGGAUGCAGAGUCCAAGGACAACACAGUCCCGAAACUCGUUACAGACAAAGCGGAAAUGGACAAAAAGUACGAAAUUGCCUGCGCAGACCAGAACUUCCUAUCCCUUAACCAUCUCCACAACCUCUCCGCUGAGGAAGCUAUGACAGACCUGAUCAAGUACCCAGGCAUUGGUCCAAAGACAGCCGCCUGUGUGGUCCUCUUCUGUCUUCAGCGACCCUGCUUCGCUGUUGAUACGCACAUCUUCCGACUAUGCCGCUGGUUGGGAUGGGUCCCUUCCAAGGCUACUGAAGUCACUGCUUUCAGCCACCUGGAGGUACGGAUUCCAGACCACCUCAAAUACUCGCUCCAUCAGCUUUUCAUCCGGCAUGGCAAGAGCUGUCCUCGAUGUCGGGCUAUCACGGGCGAGUCGAGUGAUGGAUGGGAAAAUGGCUGUGUCAUCGAUCACUUGGUGACCCGUACUGGAAAGCGGAAGGGCACUGGAUCGGCUGCUGCCACUCCCAAGCCAAAGAAGAAGAUUGCCAAGAAGGUAGCGGUCUCGCAGACGAAGCGCAAGGGGAACGAUGCUGAAUCUGAAUCGGAUGUCGAGGAGAGUGAACUCUCCAGUGUCGGUGAUAUGAGUGACGAAUACACUCCCUAG